AUAUUCUAUCUUGUGAUGAACUGGCUAUGAGAAAUGAUGAGAGUUCGACCUCAAUUCUCAAAGAUGAGAUAGCAAAUCAUCGAGAUAUUCCAUUCAUGCCAGUUGAUUUAGAAAAAGCUAAAAAAUAUAUUAAUAACAUCCCCUAUUAUAUUCUUCGCCUCUAUGGAUAUCUCAUUAAUGGCCAGAAAGCAGUUGUCGCCAUUAUUAGUAUCAAGGCUAUUCUUGCUACUAUGAAUGAUAAUAAUGGGAAUACUAUGAACAUGAAUCUAAUCCAGAUAGAAUAUAUAAAAGUAUAUUCUAUUCAUAGUUAUCAUGCGGAAAAAAAGCCAUAUCUUCGUAUUGUUAUACUCAAUAAAGAUCUAAGAUUUACUGCUCUCGAUAUCAUCUCAAGCUACAAUUCAAAAGUUAAUCCUGAAUGUAAAAUAGAGACAUCUUCAGAAGAUACAGUCACAUAUUAUCGUAAAGUUGCAAGAGAGUAUUGGAUACCACUUUUCGGGUGGGGAUUAAUAAGUGAUUAUAGAAAUCAGACUAAUCUCUUAAAGGCAUUUGCUCUAUAUUGGAAAUCUUUUGCCCCAGACAUUGAACUCGGUUUUAACGAUUCAGGAUAUGAUUGGCCUUUCAUUGUAGAAAAGGCCACCAAAUUAAAUGUUCUUAAGUGGAUGGUUCAGCAAAUGUCAGCAAACUCGCAUAAGAAAGCUGAUGCUAAAUCCAUCCUUACUUGGAAUUAUUUUGGUGAGAGAGGAGAGCCACUAACUAAUGGUUUCUUCCAAAGAUGCCAAUGGUUUCAUGCAACUCCACCCUAUUCUAAGAAAACAUCACUCAAAUUCUUAGAAAAAUGUGGUCUCAAUAGUAAAGCUGAUAUGCCUAUGAGCAAAUUAUGGAAGUAUUAUUCAGAAGUAAGGGAUGGGACUUCCAACUCUUCUGUCAAAAAUAUGCACGAAAUCAUAAAUUAUUGCGUUAUAGAUACUUUACGUUGUCAGAUGCUCAUGGUAAAAGAAAAUAUCAUAAAGGAUUAUAGGGAAAUCACUUCAAUCACUUAUAUAUUACUAUUUGACUCACAUUAUUAUGCUAUAGGAAUAAAAGUGUCUAAUCUCUUAGGUGCUAAAGCGUGGGCGUAG